ACUAAAAAUCAUUUGAUUGAUUUGCUGAGAAAGAUAAAAAAGCACAACCCAUUUCUCUUUCUUUCAGCUCAAAUGCUUAUAACAGAAACCACAAACACACACCCUUAUAAUUAGAGGAAAAGUACUCUCAUACACAUACAUACAUGUAGAGACAGAGAUAUAGAUAGAAAGAAAUAAGUUGUUAGACAUAAAAGUCCAUAAAAGUUUCCAUCUUUCCUCUUAUCCAAUCUAUAGAAGAUUUUUUGGCAAGUCGUGUUUCCAUUCGUGAUCAUUCAUGGUUUAUUUUGGCGGCGAUAGUAAAGGAGAGCAAGAUCCAAGAAGAUUGACUGAGGUUGGAAUAGUGUUGUCAUCUGAGAAUAAUCAAGAAAAUAUGUUGGAGGAACAAUCGUUUCUGGUUUCAAGGAGAUUUUCAAGAAGCUGCGACAGGGAAAACAGCUGGGAUUGCAUGAACUACCGGAUGGAGAAGAUUGAAAUUCAGCAUGGGAAACGACUUCUAGAAUCUAAUGAAGAUGAUGAAGUUGGAGCUAGAAAGCUGCCUAAGCAACUGGAUGCUUAUAACAGCUUAGACUUAGCUUCAACAACACAAGAAGUUUCCAUGAUCCCUGUUGACCAGUCUGGUAAUCAACGUCAUGCUGGCGAUAAUUCAGAUACAAGCUCUCUUAUUCAUUCCAUUGGCCGAGACAACUCAAUUAGCGCACUUAUUCGGUCCUCCAGAUCUGAUUAUGGUGCCCUAGCAUCUUUGAAUAAAAGCUUUCGUGAGUUAAUCCGCAGUGGUGAGCUUUAUAGACUGAGACGACAGAAUGGUGUUAUUGAACACUGGGUUUAUUUUUCUUGUCAACUACUUGGGUGGGAAGCUUUUGAUCCUACUUCUCGCCGUUGGAUGCGAUUACCAACAAUGACUUCUGAUGAAUGCUUCAUGUUUUCAGAUAAGGAGUCUCUAGCUGUUGGCACUGAGCUCCUCGUGUUUGGAAAAGUCUUUUCAUCUCUUUUCAUAUUUAAAUACAGUUUAUUAACCAACACUUGGUCAUCUGGAAUGAAAAUGAAUUUUCCAAGAUGCCUGUUUGGGUCUGCCAGUGUUGGGGAAAUUGCUAUUUUAGCUGGUGGUUGUGAUUUAUCUGGCAAUGCCCUGAGUGUUGCGGAGCUUUACAAUUCAGAGUUAGGAACCUGGGAAGCACUUCCAAACAUGAACAAAACAAGGAAAAUGUGUUCAGCUGUUUUUAUGGAUGGGAAAUUUUAUGUGAUAGGUGGGAUUGGAGGCAGUGAUUCAAAGCUUCUAACUUGCGGGGAGGAAUAUGAUUUACAAACUAGAAUUUGGACUGAAAUACCUAACAUGUCUCCUGCAAGGACUCGUCCAGAUGGGGAGAUUGGGAUGCCUGUUACAGCUGAUGCUCCCCCUCUUGUGGCGGUAGUAGAUAAUGAAUUGUAUGCUGCAAAUUAUGCAGAGAUGGAAGUGCGGAAGUAUGAUAAGAACAGGAGAAUCUGGGAAACUGUUGGAAGGUUGCCUGAAAGGGCAGAUUCUAUGAAUGGCUGGGGAUUGGCAUUUAGGGCAUGUGGUGACCGCCUUAUAGUAAUAGGAGGGCCUAGAGCAGCAGGUGAAGGAUUUAUAGAAAUUAAUGCAUGGGCUCCAAAGGAUGGACCCCCUCAAUGGAAUUUGCUUGGUCGCAAGCAAUGUGGUAGUUUUGUAUACAAUUGUGCAGUGAUGGGAUGCUAAACUUUGUACCUUCUGCUCCAUUCUGAUCAGUGUGCUGUACAAGGUCGGUGAUUUCUACAUGGGAACAGUGUUAUUGCUAAUUGGUAAAUUGUCCCAAUUUUUUUUAUAUCUUAAAUGCUUUUUUUCACUUAUAAUUGUCUUUUUUAUUGGAGGAUAUUAGAUUGACUCGAGAAUUGACAGAAUGUUUUUUUAUUUAAAGAGUUCUUGUGUUAA